CUGCCGGGAACAAGGAGGCUCCACAGCAAGCACUCAGGCUUUGUGACGUGGGGCGGCGUCAGGCCACAAGACCAUUGUGACACGGCAAGCGUCCCCAUGGUGACGGUGUGACUUAUAUGGCCCGAGCCCCCGUGGUGCUCACUCCCAGGAGUGCAGCGCCGUCAGGAGGCAGCAGCUGCCCUGGGUGCCUGUUUCUUUGUCUCUGUGAGAGGACAAAGGGAUGCCGAAGGAGCAAGAGGCGAAGGCCUGCUCCCAGCCCAACAAAGGGCUGCCGAGCAUGAAGAAGCACCACCAGGUGCAACCCAAACCGCCACAGGCAGGACCGCUGUGCAGCCAGACUCCAUCCUUGUCCAUCCACGGGGUGAGGCUGCCACAGCUCCACUGCCCACAGAAGUCACAGGCCUCUAGGAAGAAGAGCACACAGACAGACAGCCUGAAGCUGAGGCAGGCACUGCCCGGCAGCAGUGCCACCGGUGAACGGAGAGAUCCUCUACCAGCCUUGCCGCCUCUGCCAAGGCAGGCAGCGACACUGAGAACUACACAUCGGCAUUCAGUGGGAGCUUCAACUAUCCCCCGGCUGCCCAGUCUGUCAGUAGCAGGCUCCACCUCUUCUGUGCCAUGCAGAGACUGCAUCACGAGCACCAAGGCUGUCAGACUCCCCGAGGUCGUCCCACGUCCUCAAGGACACGUGAGAAAAGAGCAAAUGGCAGCAACUGCCGAGAGCCGGGGGACAGCCCUGCAAGCCCCCGCAUCCAUUCUGGCGCCUCUGCAGGCCAGACCCCAGCAAGACAACAGGCCAACCCCAAGCCAUGCUGCAGCCAGGAGCCAAAGACCCAGGGUGCAGCUGAGGGUACAAAGGCACUACGCCCCUCCCAGCAGUGUGGCAACACCCGCAAGGACAGCCCAGGUGCCGGCCACCAAGACUGAAAAGAUGCCAGCAACACGGAGACGAAAAGAUGGCCAUGCUCGAGAGGACACAAGAGCUGCUGCUGGGAUCUCCAAGCCAGGAGGGAGGCAGCAGAAGGAAGCCACCUGGAACCUUCACUGGGACCCAGACGCAGCCCACCAGCAGGGGCCUGGCUCACCCCACAGCACUGGCAGAGAUUCUGCCAGAGAGGCAGUCAGCCCCGCACAGAGCGCAUCUCUUGCCAUGUCAGGGCCAACCAAUGCUGAGCCAGCAGAUUCUGCGCAGGUUGCAGGUCCUGCCAGUGAGGGGGACAAGAAUCCUAUGGGUGCAUCAGCACCCAGAGAUGCUAAAUCGCCUUCUCCCCUGGCUGCUGCUAUGCCCGGCCCUUCCACAAGCAGCCAGAAAAGACCGCCGACAUUGAAAGACCGGGUCAAGAUCAACUGGGAUAUCUAUGGGUGCUCCUCCUUUCGGCCAGCAAUGCAGAUCAUUCCGAGCGGGGAGAGGGAAGGCUGCCAGUUGUCCCGGUGGAACGAGUCCUGGCCGAGCAGCGUGAAGGUUCCGAGGUUGCGAAGGAUCUGGGCAGCAGACGACGGUGACACAGCUGACAGCACUGCAGCCAGUGCAUCGGGCAGGCAGGAGGUGGCAGUGAGGACUGCGGGCCAGCGCCUUCCCUACUUUUGCUCCACAACGAGUAAGACCAUUCUGCAGGACAUUCAGGAAGAGUGGGAAGAGAGCCCCAGGAUAGAAGCUGUGGCAGAAGCAGACGACGUCCUGCCCGGCACGUCUCCUGCCCCAUCUGGUGAGGCAGAUGCCAGGCCUUCAGCUGCUCCUAUGGCCGCAGUUCCUGGGCCCGAGGAGCUCCCCCCGGCCUGCAUGCCCAAAGAGGGAAAAGCUUCAGCCUCUCCCCUGGCUGCUGCUAUGCCCGGCCCUUCCACAAGCAGCCAGAAAAGACCGCCGACAUUGAAAGACCGGGUCAAGAUCAACUGGGAUAUCUAUGGGUGCUCCUCCUUUCGGCCAGCAAUGCAGAUCAUUCCGAGCGGGGAGAGGGAAGGCUGCCAGUUGUCCCGGUGGAACGAGUCCUGGCCGAGCAGCGUGAAGGUUCCGAGGUUGCGAAGGAUCUGGGCAGCAGACGACGGUGACACAGCUGACAGCACUGCAGCCAGUGCAUCGGGCAGGCAGGAGGUGGCAGUGAGGACUGCGGGCCAGCGCCUUCCCUACUUUUGCUCCACAACGAGUAAGACCAUUCUGCAGGACAUUCAGGAAGAGUGGGAAGAGAGCCCCAGGAUAGAAGCUGUGGCAGAAGCAGACGACGUCCUGCCCGGCACGUCUCCUGCCCCAUCUGGUGAGGCAGAUGCCAGGCCUUCAGCUGCUCCUAUGGCCGCAGUUCCUGGGCCCGAGGAGCUCCCCCCUGCCUGCAUGCCCAAAGAGGGAAAAGCUUCAGCCUCUCCCCUGGCUGCGCACCCUGUGUUGGAGGCCAGGACAGCACCUCUCACCCCAUCAGCAUGUGAGGAAGAAGAAGCAGCACCUUCUCCCCUGGCUGGGGGCCUUCUGCAAGAGGUAAGCAAGGUAUACCUUCCUCGUCCCACAGUCAUGGAAGCCACAGACCCCUGUCGGUGGGCCUCGAGGCCCCUCAUCCCUUAUCCAUCUGGCAUCGGGGGCAUCGGGGCCCGGAGCAUGGCCAAACAGUGGCCCACAGGGCUGUGGUUUUCUCUCCCCAUGCAGGUUUCCUCCGAGCAUAGAAGCAGUGCACAGUGUUCCUCACACUUCCAAUCGGUGCCAGAGGAAGGGCCAGGCACUGCUGCCCUCCCGCACGCUGUGGCUCGCUCGCAAUUGCCCCCCCUCUUCAGGAGAGCACUUCGGGCUCUCCGCAGGAGUUACUGCUUCAGCUGCAUCACAGAAGACCUAGAGCAACGUGAGGCUGACAGUACCAGGGAGCUCCCCACAGAUGGCAGCUUCAGUCCCGAGGACGGGGCUUCUGAAUAAAAUUGUUCAGGACUAUUUCAUA